UUUGCCAACCUCCAAAAAAACAAUACAAAAGAAGAAGAAAUUGUUUUGUAAUCAGAAAAAAAACAUCCCAUGAGUUAGUUUCAGUCGCACUGUACGCGAAGCAAUAUGUCUUUUUGCUCCUUUUUUGGAGGUGAGGUCUUCAAAGACAAUUUUGAACCAGGCAUUUACGCAUGUUCAAAGUGUGACCACAAGCUAUUCUCCAGCAGGUCCAAGUUCGAGCACUCGUCUCCAUGGCCUGCCUUCACAGAGACGGUCCAGGAGGACAGUGUGUCCAAGCACGUAGAGAGACCCGGCGCGUUCAAGGUUCUCUGUGGGAAGUGCGGAAACGGAUUGGGCCAUGAGUUUGUGAACGAUGGGCCUUCCAAGGGAAAGUCUCGCUUCUGAAUAUUCAGCAGCUCACUGAAAUUCAUCCCUAAAGAUAAGGUUGAUGGCCAGUAGAGUGAGCUGAGGAUGUAGAAAUUGCAUAGAGUGAUUCGGGCAACGUAUUGUGUCCUUCUGAUUGGCUGGAGGUGUGGCCAGAGGAUGACGUGUUCUGAGACAAAGCCUCAUUCUGAGACCUCCAGGACACCGAUGGCAACUGACCUCACCACAGAGCUAGGGACUUCCCAGGGCUUCAUUCACAAUGGAAACAUGCACCUCAUAUUUAAAUGCUGACGCACAGAUUGCAACAAGAUUAAAUAAUACAGUUGGAGAUUAUUUUUGUGUGUUUCCAAUUUCCCCAACUGGGUACGAUUUUAAAUCUAUUAAAGGAUCGCUUGAGCAUUGGUAUAACCAAGUUUUAUAAUUUUUUGAUGAUGAAAUUAAUGUAUGUUGUACAGUGUAUGCGAAACCGACCAUUCCAUAAUUAUUAGAAUAUUUUCUGAAUAUCCGAUAUUGACAUCACUUUCAUAUUGUCAAAAAUGAAUUGUUAUCAACAGAGGCCAUACAUGGUAUUAUGCAAGAAGUAAAUAUUCAAAUAAAGCAAUAAUUAUUUGUAACUAAA